UGAUCAACGAGCCCUUCGCAGGGAAUAUCUACAGCAGCCCUUUGCGUGCAGUGCCACGCUUUACAGACGGUUGGAACUUGCAACCCGCGUACGACGUGGUCCUCGCCGCACACAUCCGCGCCGUUGAUCCAGAGGCAUUGAUCUUUUUCGCGGGUGUCACGUGGGCUGACGUGCACGAUCAUGCGGCUUACAGUGGCUUUUCUCACACUCCAGAUGGUAAUCAAUUUCGCGACCGCUCUGUGCUCGCCCACCACUACUACGCACCACCGCAGGCCGCAAACUCAAGCACAAAAUACUUAUACGCAGCAGGAGUUCCCUAUACUUACAACACUUAAUCAGGACGAGCUUGUGGAUCUAUCGUAUAUCAUGUAGUUGCUGUUGUAGUCACCAGCACGACGACGAAUGAUAUGACCUCGACGAUAAGAAGUACACGGUACAUGCUUUGUGAAAAAUGCUUUUGCAAUUGUGUCGCGGACAGUUAAUUUUACAUAUGGGUCAUUGAAUGGCAAUGGAAAAAUUGGAAAAACAAAGAAUCAUUUGACUACAGUAUCUGUAUCAAAGUGACAUCGGAACUCGUGUAAAAUAUGUACUUAGAUAAAAUGUGGAGUGCGACUAGGACUUCUACAUCUACAUCGAAAACUGCGUACCUCAGCAGGAAUAAGGCUCAAAUCAAAGUUGAAAAUGACGUGUGUAAGAAACAACGGCAAGAUGAGCAUGAUGAAGGUGAAACUGAAAGAAAGAAUAGUUUCUACCUCGGUUUCAGAACAAGAUGGAAAUGCUGAUGGCUGCGCAACAGCCAAACAGCACGAAUCAACUUUCAGGUAGAGCGACUCGG